GAAAUAACUCGAAUAGUUAGAGCCAACGAUCCACUGUUCAACCAAUCCUUCCUGUACCCGACGAACGUAAUAAGGACGUCGAAAUACAACAUCAUCACAUUCUUGCCAAAAAAUUUGUUCGAGCAGUUCCAAAGAGUGGCAAAUGCCUACUUCCUCUUCCUUCUUGUUCUGCAAUCCAUUCCUCAGAUAUCUUCUCUCACAUACGUCACCACGGUAAUUCCUCUGCUGUCAGUGCUGUCUGUUACCGCUCUGAAGGAUCUAUACGACGAUAUUCAAAGACACAGAAGCGAUCGCAACAUCAACAAUAGGAUAUGCAAGGUGGCACAAAAUAAUGGAUUCAUCGACGUUCAGUGGAAGGAGUUGGCCGUCGGAGAUGUCGUUGUUCUCUUCGACAACCACUUUGUUCCAGCAGACAUGUUGCUGCUGUCUUCGAGCGAGCCAUGCGGGUUGGCUUACGUUGAAACGGCUGAUUUGGACGGUGAAACAAACUUGAAGAACAAACAGUCCAUGCUUUCUACUUCAUACCUCAGUAAUGACGUCAGCAAGCUGUCCCGUUUUAAUGGACUAGUUGAAUGUGACCCACCAAAUAAUGUCCUCGAUAAAUUCAACGGCAGACUAAUCGUCGAGAAACACAACGAAUCACACGCCAUAACAAAUGGAAACAUUCUACUGCGCGGUUGCACUCUCCGCAACACUAAGUGGGUCUCAGGACUGUUGAUCUACACUGGGAAGGACACCAAGCUGAUGAAAAAUGCAGGCAGAACAAUAUUCAAGAGGACGCAUAUAGAUCAAUUAAUGAACAAACUUAUAAUAUGGAUAUUUUUCUUCCUGCUGUUCAUCUGUUUCAUCUGCUGUAUCGGCUGUGCCGUGUGGGAAUUCAACGUCGGAUUCUACUACCAAGUGUACCUACCUUGGCCCCAAUACGUCCCAGCCUCCGUCCUGCGCUCUGACCACAAUGAGAAACUGGCAGGAGUCGUUGUGACAUCACUUCUCGUCUUCCUCUCCUACAUCAUCAUCAUGAACACUUUGGUUCCAAUCUCUUUAUACGUUAGCGUAGAGAUAAUAAGGUUUACUCAAAGUCUGUUUAUAAAUUGGGACAUCGGAAUGUAUCACAAGCAAUCUAACAAGGCGGCCAAAGCGAGGACCACAGCUCUAAACGAGGAAUUAGGGCAAAUCGAAUACAUAUUUUCAGAUAAAACUGGAACAUUAACUCAGAAUAUAAUGACGUUCAAGCAGUGUUCAGUUCUCGGGAUAAAACACAGCAUUGAAGAUUUAUUGAGUUUGUACGGGGAAACCAACGACAAACGCGAGGCCAGCAACCCUAUCAUUCCCUAUGGCAAUGACAAAACUUUUCUGAAAAACGAAAAAAAAUCCAUGAUUGAAUUUUUCCGCGUCAUUGCAGUUUGUCACACUGUGCUCUCCACUGUUGACGGAGAUAAGCUAACUUACCAGGCACAAUCACCUGAUGAGUCAGCAUUGGUAGAAGCUGCCCGACAACUUGGCAUUAAGUUCUUGACACGAACGCAAACAACCAUCACGAUUGAAGUGUUUGGCGAAGUUGAAACGCACGAACUCUUGUGCAUUCUAGAUUUUGACAAUGAUAGAAAGCGCAUGUCGGUAAUAUUGAAGAGGAACAACCAAAUAACAUUAUAUUGCAAGGGCGCCGACAGCAAAGUGCUAGAAAGGUUGGACGUCUCCUCGAACAACAUGAUGAAGAUAACUGAAACACAUCUCAAUGAUUACGCGUCAGAGGGGUUGAGAACUCUUUGUCUGGCGGUUAAGAACAUAACAGCCAAUGAAUAUCGAGUGUGGCACGAAGAAUAUCACAAGGCGAACACGACAAUUUUGAAUCGAGAUAAAUACGUCAGCGAGGCCUGCGAGAAAGUGGAAUGCAAUUUGACGUUGCUGGGAGCGACGGCAAUCGAGGACAAACUGCAGGAUGGAGUCCCGCAAGCCAUCGCUACUUUGAGGUUGGCCGGAAUCAAAAUCUGGGUUCUGACCGGAGAUAAACAAGAAACAGCCAUCAAUAUAAGUUACAGUUGCAAAUUGUUGUCAGAGGAAAUGACUAAAGAACUGUUCAUAAUCGACGGUGAUACACAGAACGAAGUGAAAAAUCAGAUAGAAAUUGUCGAACAAACCUUCAAAAGUUACUCAACGAAUGAAGAAAUCUCUUCGAAACUUACCAACGAAUAUUAUCCACAAUUUUCUGGAAAAUCUUUUCUUGAAAAAUGGAUCACAAGAUUUACGUCAAGCUUUCCUGAUUUUGCGCUGGUUGUUACUGGCAGCAGCUUGACGCAUCUUCUGUCAACUGACCUCGAGGAGAAGUUUUUGAAGAUAGGAUGCAGUUGUUCGUCGGUCAUCUGCUGUAGAGUGACACCGCUGCAAAAGUCGCAAGUGGUCAAUUUGGUGAAAGUUCACAGGAAAGCUGUAACCUUGGCCAUUGGCGAUGGUGCUAAUGACGUCAGCAUGAUAAAAAGCGCUCACAUCGGAGUCGGGAUAAGUGGUCAGGAAGGAAUGCAGGCCGCACUUUCGAGUGACUACUCGUUCGGACAAUUCCGAUACCUGGAAAGGUUGUUGCUAGUUCAUGGUAGGUGGUCCUACAUAAGGAUGACCAAAUUUUUAAAAUUCUUUUUCUACAAAAAUUUUGCAUUUACUCUCUGCCAGUUUUGGUAUGUCUUUUACUCAGGAUAUUCAGCUCAAACAAUUUACGACCCCUUUUUUGUGAGUUUCUACAACUUAUUCUAUACAUCAUUGCCGAUUCUGGCAGUUGGCGUAUUUGAAAAGGACAGCGAUGAUGAAAUUUAUCAGAACUACCCUAAAUUGUAUGAACCGGGUCAGAAAAAUUUGUACUUCAGCAAGAAGUCGUUCGCAAAAAGCACCUUGGAAGGUCUUGUAACUUCAUUCGUAAUAUAUUACGUAACUAUGCUGACGAUGAUGCAUUUAAUCUCUGGUGACGGAGGCACGGAACUGUCGGACGCAAAUGGUAUGGGCUUCACGAUGUCCUCCACUGUCGUUGUCGUUGUCACCUUUAAGUGCGCAUUGGAAACGAAACAUUGGACGCUUAUCAACCAUUUGUUCAUUUGGGGAAGUUUGGUAUUUUACUUUCUCUUCAAUUUUAUUUUCUACCUUCCUGUGUUCAAAUACAGUUAUGCUGGAACUUUCACAAAAUUGGCAUCAAGUCCGCAAUAUUGGCUCUCUAUGAUGCUAUCCUGCGCCAUAUUACUGAUACCACCAUUUUUGUACAAGGGUUACUGCGCGGUUGUUCAUCCUACCUUAGCUGAGAGAUUAAGAAUCGCUUGUAGAAAAAACAGAAGUAAAGUUAAACCGGCGUUAGAUAAAAUGUCAGCCCGACCUUCCUCGAGGUCAUCCAGGCCACGAUCCGGUUACGCAUUUUCCCAUCAAGGUGGCUUUGGUGAAUUGAUAACAAAGGGAUCAGUUUUUAAUCUAAGGGAUGGUCUCUGA